AUGGCGCCAUGUCCCAAGGCUGUCCUCGCCCUCGUUCUGUGGUACAUGGACUGCCAGGCCGGACAGCACGGAUGGCUGUCAUGUGUUUUGCUGGCUGGGUACUACGUACUGCUAGUAAUAUGUAAAUACGUAGGUGCCAUCAUGUCUCCGAGGAAAAAGCAGUGCCCCAUGCCUGGUCGCGGAGAUUCGACAGUCGGUCCCGCAACCACACACGACACUGGCGCGCGUGCGCCCAAGGGGAAAGGCGCGCGACCCAGAGCCCAUCGUAACCACGGCCAGCAUCGACGCCCACAGCGAGCCGGCUAUCCACUGGCGAGCGAUGAUCUUUUGCGGCAAGCUGCCCCAAUCUGCGCCGCCGCACACCGCUGCAGCGUUCCCAAGCAACCAGCCCGCGGCUGGCCAUGCCUGUCGUAG